CAGGCCCAAAUAUGGCCCAACAAGAGGUUAUGAAGCUCCUAAACCCUAAAUAUACAGAGUCGUGAGUCUACUUAUUUGCGUGUUUUCAUCGUUGUCGUUCAGUUCUGAACGGAAAAGCACCGUCGCACCUUCCCUGAGGCUUCUCUUGUCUGUCGCGAGUGACCAUGGUGAGGGUUAGUGUGCUGAACGAUGCUCUGAAGAGCAUGUACAAUGCUGAGAAAAGGGGAAAGCGCCAAGUCAUGAUUCGGCCAUCCUCCAAAGUCAUUAUCAAAUUCCUUUUGGUGAUGCAGAAGCACGGAUACAUUGGAGAGUUUGAGUAUGUUGAUGACCACAGGGCUGGUAAAAUCGUGGUUGAAUUGAACGGUAGACUGAACAAGUGUGGGGUUAUUAGUCCCCGUUUUGAUGUCGGCGUCAAAGAGAUUGAAGGUUGGACUGCUAGGCUUCUCCCCUCAAGACAGUUUGGGUAUAUUGUAUUGACUACCUCUGCCGGCAUCAUGGAUCACGAAGAAGCUAGGAGAAAAAAUGUUGGUGGUAAGGUACUGGGUUUCUUCUACUAGAGUUUAAUUUCGAUUAAGAGGAUGUCAGGAAUUUCAAUUGAGAUUCAUGGAUUGUAAUGGAGGAUAUGCUAGGCCCCUAGUAAUAUCAAGCAUAGCAGGAGCUGUUUUGUGAUGUUCCUUAUUUUGUUUGCAAAACCAAGUUGGUAACUAUAACUUUUAUUUUCUUUUAUCAUUAUUUUUCUUUAUACCAAAAUGUACUGGCCAAGUUGUUUUAAACAGUGAGAACUUUGAUUAGAAAGUGGGAGCAUGGCGAUGUUUGAGUUGGUGUGGGCGAGUCAUGAUAUUUCAUUGAAUAGAUUGAAUUCUCAUGUUCAAAAA